CAGAUAAAAGCGAGCAGAGCCGCCGUGAUGCUGGCGAAAUGUUUACUUUUCAAUACGUAACUUUUAUCUGGAGUCACCGUUUAACGAGCCUUUUCGAGUAAAUUCAAGGCUGUGUAAAGGAAGGGGGGGGUGACGGUCAGGGGGGGAAAAUACAAAACAAAACAAAGAUGGCUGUGUAACCAGAAAGAAACAAAACUCCCCUGUUAGCUUUAAUCAUCGACACUUCCCGUGGUUCCCGUGGACAGUGAGCCGGUACCGGAGAGGGGAGCAGCCGAACUGGGCCGCUGGCGCACGUCGGUACCUGCUGUCGUUCGCGAAUAACGGCGUCGAGUUGCAGCUGAGUUGUUUUUGUUCUGCCUGGGCUCAGGGAGAGGACCGCUGCUGUAUUUGUGUCAACGUAGCUAGUCUGCUAGCCUCGCUGUAAGUCAACUAAACUAGUCAACGUUCACCUGUUUGUUAGCGACUAGUACAUUCUGCACAUGMUCGCGUUAUUACGUGACAACUGGUUUGUUAAAAUUUAAAUGUUUGGGGUUUUAUUUUUGAUAAGUUAGCCUCCGUUCCGUCCUGACAACCUGCUUCCUGAAAGUGUUAGCUUAGCUAGUUAGCUCUCCGUGUCAGCUGACCGUUAUAGCUCGACAGGUUGCAACUGAGCUAACCGUGCUAACAUUUCGGGCUCAGCCUGGUCGGGCCGAGUGGAAAAAAAAAAAAAAAACAGGACUUUUCUACACGACAUGUCUUCACUGGAGGAAAGGGACGUGGGCGUUGCGGCUGCCCCAGGCUCCUCCUCGGCCGGCCUGGGGGUCGGAGCCGUGGGGGCAGCGGUGGAGGCUGCGGCCGGGGUCGCGGCCAUGCAGGAGGACGUCGGGAUACGGCGAGGAGGAGAGGGGCCCGAGGCUGACCCGGACGAGCCGCCCAAGAAGAGGGUGAAAAUACCCGAGGGAGAGUCAGGAAAGCUGGAGGAGAGACUGUACUCAGUGCUGUGCUGCACCGUGUGCCUAGACUUGCCCAAGGCGUCUGUUUACCAGUGUACCAAUGGACAUCUGAUGUGUGCUGGCUGUUUUAUCCACCUCCUGGCUGACUCCCGACUUAAGGAAGAGCAGGCCACGUGUCCCAACUGCAGGUGUGAGAUCAGCAAGAACUUGUGCUGCAGGAAUCUGGCGGUGGAGAAGGCCGUCAGCGAGCUGCCGACAGAAUGUACCUUCUGCCUAAAACAGUUCCCUCGCUCCAGCCUGGAGAGACARCAGAAGGAGGAGUGCCAAGACAGGGUGACGCAGUGUAAGUACAAGAGGAUCGGCUGCCCCUGGCAAGGCCCGUUUCACGAGCUGCCGGCGCACGAAGGCGAGUGCUCCCACCCGACRAAGACCGGCACGGAGCUGAUGGGAAUACUGGGAGAGAUGGACCAGAACCACCGUCGAGACAUGCAGCUCUACAACAGCAUCUUCGGCCUGUUGUGCUAUGAAAAGAUUGGCUUCACGGAGGUGCAGUUCAGGCCGUACCGCACCGACGACUUCAUCACCCGCCUGUACUACGAGACGCCACGUUUCACGGUUCUCAACCAGACGUGGGUGCUGAAGGCCCGCGUCAACGACUUCGAGCGCAACCCCAACCUCUCCUGCAAGCGCACGCUCUCCUUCCAGCUCAUCCUGAAGAGCAAGGUGAACUCGGCCCUGGAGUGCUCCUUCCUGCUGCUGAAGGGUCCGUACGACGACGUGCGGAUCAAGCCGGUCAUCUACCACCACUCCUUCAGCAACGACGCCAACGAGACCGACUACGUCCCGCUGCCCAUCUCCGACUCAGUGGAGUGCAACAAACUGCUGGCCGCUAAGAACAUCAACCUGCGCCUGUUCAUCUUCCAAGUCCAAAAAUAAAAGACCUCGAGAGGAGGAGGAGAGGAGAGAGUGAAAGAAAAGAAGUGCGGUGAUUGAAGACGACGAUUAAAGAGACCGAACCAUUGAUACCUCUUAACACACACACACACAAACACACACGCUCGCACACACACAUCUAAUUACAUUUACCUCCUUUUACAAGAUAGCGAGUGUCCUUGCUGGAGAAAAGCUGAGAGUUGGUGAUGGAGGGGUGAGGGGGUAACCUGUGUGGUUGUGGUUUGUGACCGACCUUUCACCUUGGGACACCCGCAGCCAAGGUUUCACACACACACACACACACACACACACACACACACACACACACACACACACACACACACACCGACCAAAGCAGGGUUUGCUGCGUGUGUUUGUCGCGUGUAUCUUCUGUGUGUCUGAGAAGCAAAGCUGAAGCGACCGGAGCUCUGCCCGCAUGUUGAGCUGUCCCAAAGACACGAGAUAAUGUGACAUCAGUGACUGACUCUGCUGAGCCGCUCCAGUGCCCUGCUGUCCUUCUGUUUCCACACAUAAAACAAAACAAAUAUUUUACGUCACACUUUGCCAGAAAAGAUAAAAAAAGCAGCAUCUCACCGUACCCCGCCCCCUCCUGCACACUCCUUUCUUUUUUUCUUCCUUCAAGAGGAGAGAUGACUUGGCUGCAUGAAUAUUUUAGUUCUUUGACCUCCAGUUGAGGUUUUAUUGAACUUUUAACCCUAACACCAGGUUUUUUAAUUAUUUCUCUUAAUCCCAGAUAUUUAAGUACCUGUGAACUUUUUAUUUUUAAGUUGAGUUUUAGUGUGAGAUUGGACGCCUGUGUGAAUGUGUGUUAACAAAUCUUACAGGUGAAACCAGAUGUUUGCAUACACUGUAUAAAAACACAAUCAUUUUCUUUUAAUUUAACAUUAAAUCAGACUAAACGUUUCCUGUUUUUYGUCAAGUAGAAUCAUCUAGAAUCAUUUCUAUUUGUUAAAAGUCUGAACAAUGAUUUAUUAUGAAUGUUUUUGCAUUGAGACUCGUUUGUGCCCAAGUUUGAAUGUUUUUUAGCUGUCUUGAGAUUUUGCUUCAGUAUUUCCACAUAAUGUUCUCUCUUGGUGAAGCACACCUGUCUUUUCUUCAGCAAAACACCCCCACAUCAUGAUGCUGCUGCCCCCGUACUUCACAGCUCUCAGACUUGCAAGUUUCGCCACUUUUUCCUCAAAAUAUAAGGAUUAUUGUUUUAUCAGACCACAGGACUGUAAUUUUAAUGUUGUUUUCAGAGUAACAGCUUCUUCCUCUCCAAGUGGACUUUCACUCAGAAUUCCUCUGUGGAUAGUAACUGUCUUACCUGCUUUGGAACCAAACCUUGUUCACAGCCUUGUGGUGUGAUAACAGGAUGUUCUCAAGUUAUUUAUAAUUCUUUGAACAAACAAACCUUCAGACAUGUGGAAAUAGUUUAUUUUGGCUGGUUUCUAUUGAUUUUGCCUCGAUGUCACCCACAGAAGCAGUGAGUUUGAGAUGUGCCUUAAAAACAUUCAGAUGUUGUCAACUAACCAAUCAAAAGCCCUCGUCAUACGAGCUUUCCCAAAUUGUUUAAGAGCAUAGUGCACUUGUACGUAACAAAAUAAUGUAAUUAAUCCAGCAUUUAGCAAAUAAAAAUAUUUACCUAAAACAGGACAUUAGUCUGAUGUAGACAGAAUAAAUGGUGUAUGUAAACAUCUGGUUUCAACAGCUGUAGCUGUGACGUCCUCCUGGACCUCCAACCGGACCCUCGUGGUUCYUUUACUAACUUUGAAAUUCAUCUACACUUUGAAUCAACAUUUAAAAAAACUUUGCGCUUUUAAAUUGAAAAGUUCUAACAUGAUAAGUAAAAUAUUUUAACUUUUUUUUUAAAGUUUGCUUAACGGUUGUGUAAAAGUGAGUUUUGAGUAACAAGUUUGUGAGGAAUCCAUAUUCUCAGAUACAAUCAUACCAAAUACAUUUGAUCAAGACAAAAAAAAAAUCUAGAAACUGUAAUUAUCGUCGACCAUCUGCUUUUCCUGGUGCAUAUUUUUAAAUAAAUCGAACUGGGUUUUAUUAGGAAGUAAUUGAGCUCCAAAUAAAAAUUGGGCACGCCGUGUUUUAGUGCAAAAGCUCAGAUAAUGAGAGUGGAUCAACAGAUAACUUAGACUGAGUCUGUGAUCUGGAACUGUUUGUGAUGAUUCAGUGUGUGUGUGUGUGUGUGCUGGUUUAUCUCACCUUGAGGACAUGUUAGACUUACUUGAAUGAAGACGAGAUGAUGUAACUCAAGUAGAUUCUACUGUAAAGGCAAACAGCUCUCUCUCCUCCUGAUCUCUACCUUUUUUUUUCUUUUUGUUUUUCUGUAUUUCCGUGUUUUACUGCUUUGACUUUAUGCCAGUGGACUCACUCAUCUCACUAUGGCUGUACAUGUGCCUUUUAUUAAAGAUCACAGAACUGCA